AUGGCGGCGACAAGUGGGCUCUUUUCUGAUCUCCGGGAGAUUAAGAAGCAGCUGCUGAGCGUGAGCUGGCUGUGCCGGGAGCGGGGCCUGUUACACAGCGUGAAAUGGGCAUCUGAACUUGCAUUCUCAUUGGAAUCCAUUCCUUUAAAUGAGCUACCACCAAUGCCUACACUUACUGAGGAAGAUGCGCAGGAUCUGGAUGCAUAUACACUGGCCAAGUCUUAUUUUGACCUAAAGGAGUAUGAUAGAGCCGCUUACUUCCUUCGAGGGUGCAAGAGCCAGAAAGCUUACUUCCUGUACAUGUACUCAAGGUAUUUGUCUGGAGAGAAGAAGAAAGAUGAUGAAACUGUAGAUAGUUUGGGUCCUCUGGAGAAAGGCCAAGUGAAGAAUGAGGCUCUUCGUGAGCUUCGUGUAGAGCUUAGUAAGAAGCACAAAGCCAGAGAACUGGAUGGAUUUGGACUUUAUCUAUAUGGGGUCGUUUUGCGGAAACUGGACCUGGUUAAAGAAGCUUUGGAUGUGUUUGUGGAGGCGACGCAUGUUUUGCCCUUGCACUGGGGAACAUGGCUAGAGCUUUGCAACCUAAUUACAGACAAAGAAAUGCUGAAGUUUCUUUCUCUGCCAGAUUGUUGGAUUAAGGAGUUUUUCUUGGCACACAUAUACACCGAGCAGCAGCUUAUUGAAGAGGCCCUACAAAAAUAUCAAAGCCUUAUUGACGCUGGCUUCUCCAAGAGCACUUAUAUUAUUUCCCAGAUUGCUGUUGCCUACCAUAACAUUAGAGAUAUUGAUAAAGCUCUCUCUAUUUUCAAUGAGUUACGGAAGCAGGAUCCUUAUAGAAUAGAAAACAUGGACACAUUUUCAAACCUCCUGUAUGUCAGAGGUCUGAAGCCAGAAUUGAGCUACUUGGCACACAACCUGUGUGAUAUUGACAAGUAUCGUGUGGAAACAUGCUGUGUGAUUGGCAAUUAUUAUAGUUUGCGCUCCCAGCAUGAGAAAGCAGCUUUGUAUUUUCAAAGGGCGUUAAAGCUCAAUCCUCGAUAUCUUGGUGCUUGGACGCUGAUGGGUCACGAAUACAUGGAGAUGAAGAACACCUCUGCGGCAAUACAAGCAUAUAGACACGCUAUUGAAGUCAAUAAGAGAGAUUAUCGAGCCUGGUAUGGAUUGGGGCAGACCUAUGAGAUCCUAAAGAUGCCAUUUUAUUGUCUCUAUUAUUACAGACGUGCCCAUCAACUCAGACCGAAUGACUCUCGGAUGCUUGUUGCUUUGGGGGAAUGCUAUGAAAAGCUCAACCAGCUUGUUGAAGCUAAAAAAUGUUAUUGGAGAGCUUAUGCUGUUGGAGAUGUGGAGAAAAUGGCCUUGAUAAAACUGGCAAAACUUCAUGAACAGCUGAAUGAAACUGAGCAGGCUGCCCAGUGUUACAUCAAAUAUAUCCAGGAUAUCAAUAAUUGUGGGGAAAUGGUGGAGCACCAGGAAGUGAGCACUGCAUUCCGCUAUUUGGCUCAGUAUUACUUCAAAUGUAAACUGUGGGAUGAGGCCUCUGCCUGUGCCCAGAAAUGCUUUAAUUUUAAUGAUACAAGAGAGGAAGGUAAAGCUCUUUUGCGCCAAAUUUUGCAG